CUAACGACUGCGUGGGUUGUGUGAACUGGUGUCUCGUUCAUUCUUCAGUUCGGAAGCAUAGGUGUGAGGGACAGAGGGAAGAUGAAUCUAUACAAGAGCUUUGGAAACCUUAUGGAGGCUUGGGUAGCUGAAGUAGGCCAGAUUUCGGACACAGCAUGGCUUGGAAAUAAUGAUGAAGACCUUCCUACACCUUCCUCUGAUGUCGGGACAAAUCUGCGCUCAGAAUCAGUGGACUCUGGAGUGGAGACAGCCAGCUCUGUCAUGUCCUUCCCUGCUACACCCUCCUCUGUCUCAACAGGUAUCGCAGAAAUAGACAUAUUUCCACCAGAAAGAGAAGGCGACGGACUCACUCCUGCCUCAACAUCACAGUCUCCCGUCCUCUCUUCUCCCGAGCCUUCCUCUUCUUCCUCUCCGCACCUCCUUCCCAGCAAAGCUCAGGUGGGCUCCGCAGCCUUGCACUUAAAAGUGGAGCGAGCAUUAAAGAAGACUGACUCGAAGCAUCUAAAGAACAAACGAGAGCCCCUUACGGUGGAUGAGAUGCUCAGGCGACAUCCUCGAUCAUCUUUUGAACCCAAACAGCACGCAUCAGAGUUAGUGAGAGGUCAAAGGUCACAGAGUGUCGCCUUAAAGAGGACAGUCAAGCCAUCGGUGCUCCCGAGGCAGAUGUCGGUAAUGUGGAGCCGGCCAAUGUCUACGAGUUGUGACAAGCAGCCAGCUCAGACAAGAGCAGAGGACCUUGGUGAGCAGGAGGGGACACGACUGAGUCCUGGGUUCUGCUACUUGGAGCAGGUGUGCCAAAUGUUAGAAGAAGUUGCCAGACAACAGAUGCACAGCCGAGCGCUACAGAUGGAGACGGACGCCCUGCGGGAACAUCAAAACAUAGAGGUGAACCAGACUCUCAUCACUUGUCAGAGUGACUCGAAAGCUGCUGAGGAGGAUGUCUCUUUUUGUGAGAGUCUUGAAAAUACAGAAAGUGCAGAGCCCAGUGAACCCCAACCGCGGAGAGAUUAUCCUUACAGACAUUUUCGGCAGAGAUCUGCUUCUGACACAACACUGCACAUAAUAAAUGCAGACUACAGAGGGCAGCAUCUGAGUACACAUGACCUGCUGGAGAAGGAUGAGGAAGACCAUGAAAAUCAGGGUUCUGAUAAAGAAGAGACGGAUAAAAAAAGGAACUGGAGAAUGAAAUUUGGGUCUUGGACACAAGAGGAGUAUGCAGUGAGAGAUACAAAGGGCCAAAAGACGCAUUCAUCUGAGAGAAACUCAGCCCGACGACGGCUGAGCCAGAUGUUCAGGAGGAAGAAAACUCCGCUUGAGUAAAUGGACCACAGUGUCUCCGUCAUGAUUUUUGGACAUUUUUGGUUUCAGUUCUGAAGAGGAGGAAGCUUCUCUUUAAAGGACUGAGCACUGUAACUGCUUUCAAACUGAAUUCCUAUGCAGCCCAUGAGAUGAAGCAAUCUGCCAUGUUUAUUUAUUGUCUGCUGUAUACUUGCCUUUAUUUUUUAUACUGAAAUAAUAUGUUUUCAUAUUAAACAGAGAGUGGGAAUGAAUUUAGU